AUGAAGGGGGGGCCCCGAGGGGAAAGAAGACGGUCUGAAGGAGGAAGGGGGGCCACUGAAGGGGAAAGAAGAUGGUCUGAAGGAGGAAGGGGGCCCCUGAAGGGGAAAGAACAUGGAUGCCCCCCCACCCCACACCCUGCAGACAAAGGGAAUGAGAAAAAUGCCAAAGAACUGAAGGGCCUCCAGGGGAAACAGGAUGGCCAGAAGGAGGAUGAGGGGGACAGACGGCCCUGUCCCAUGGUGGCACCUGGUCCAGAGGGGCUGUCUACACCCCGGUCUCAAGGGCCUCAGGUCACUCCGGGUGGGUCCAAGGGGCAUGGGGCUCAGAGUUGCAGCCGGCCGGUGAGAAGCCCUCCCGGGAAGCUGGCCUAA